AUGAGGAGACAAAGAUCAAAGAUCUGCGUGGAUGGAGAUGUGAAGGUUGCCCUUGGAGCUUUCCUGUCCCCGUCUCCCAAAGAGAACCUGGAUCGUGUCCUGUUAGCGCACCAAGGCUCCUUCCACACCAUUACCUGUGGACGGAGAUCUCCCACAGUGCCUUGGUGGGCUGGGGGCUGCGGCACGCGGGGCACCGGGCCCCUGUUGCUCUCCUUUCUGGCUGACUUGGUGCUGGGCACUGGUGUGUUCUGGGUGCUAGAGGGUCGCGUGUCCGGGGACCCCAGCCGCAGCUUCCAGCUCGACAAGUGGGAGCUGCUACAGAACUAUACGCAUCUGGAUGGUCCGGUUCUAGACCUCCUGAUCCGGGGUAUCAUCCGAGCAUACAAAGAUGGGACCAGCCUCCUAGAAAACACCACCAGCUGGGAGCCUGUGGACUCUUUCUUCUCUCCCGUGUCCACCAUCACCACCAUCGCCCUGCCCCUGCCCCUGCUCUUGCUCUUGCUGCCUGUGCUUCUCUUCUCCCACAUGGAGCACUGGAGCUAAGUGAAGAGCUCCUGCUUCACUUUCAUCACACUUAGCACUGUGGGCUUUGGGGACUACAUGUUCGGCAGGGUUCCUUCUUGACAGUAUCCUCUGUGGUAUAGUAGUAUCGUGUCCGUGUCCCUGUGGAUCCUCUUCAGGAUGGCCUGCUGGCUGGCUCUGAUCUUCAGGCUGAUCCUGUUCCAGCUGGAGCUACUGGAGGACGUGGGCACUUGCUCACACUGCUCCAAGAGGAACUUGAAGGCCCGAAACCGGAGGCCAGGUCAAGAAGGGAAACAUGGAGUUCUGUUUGUAGGCUGCUGCUUUGAGGGGUCUGAGGGGGUCACACAGCAUCUCGAAACCUCUGCUCAGGUUAUGAACUGUGACAAGGACAACUAG